ACGGCUGAGCUAAGAAGAAAAAAAGAGGAGGGUGCAGAGGGGGGGAAAGAAAACCUGUCCCUUUGUGUGGGAUGGACUUAGCAGGAAAGUGAUUUUGUGAUUAUUUUAGCUUCUCAGCAAAACAAGGCUCUUCCCCCUGACCUGAAUGCACAUUUUGUCUACUCAGUGAGCCCGUGCUGCAUUACACCAGAGUCACAUAUGAGUGUGUUUCUCAGGCAAGCAAACAGCGACACCCAGGCUUCUCCUGAUGAUGAGAGCCAACGUCAGACCGGUUUCCAUGAAUAUUGAUGUGGAGGAUAGUCUGUUUCAUAGAAGAACAGAAGGAGGCAAGAUGGCUGCCCUUUAGGAUUUGUUAAAGAGGAGAUCCAGACGGUUUGUUGGAAUUUCUACAAAGUGGAGGGACGUAAAAGGAGGACGGACAAAGGGCAGCCUUGUGGAUGGACUGCAAGCAGGCCAGAUGGAAACAGACCAGGCCAGACAUGAGACGGAAGAAACUCUGGUAUUAGCGCAGUUUGGUACAUCUCGUAACAUCUCUCAUAACCUCCAGAAUGGAAGCCAGUCUUCAGAGGGGGAUUCUCUGCAGAUCACUGGGGAUACGAACUGGAAUCAUUAUAAAUCCAGUACAAGUGUCAACUCCAUGAAGAGGAACAGAGAGAACUGCAACAGUCCUGCUUCAGUGCAAGGACUGUAUGAUCAAGGAACCUACACAAUGAAUGGAGAGUUACUAAACGGGGAAUUGAAGCAUGCACUCACUGAUCAGUCCUUAAUGGUCCACCAGCCCAAGAAACUCAAAGCAGAUUUGGACAUUAAAAGACAUGAUAUCAUGAACCCAAAUUUAGCAGACAGCUUUCCUGAGUUGACAAAGACACCAGAGUUGCAAUGCAAUGCCCCACAGACAGACAUUAAUUUGGACAAGAGAACCUGCAAUGUACCGAAUGGGGAUAUUUUCUGUCUACCAAGGAAUAAACAAGUAAUUUCCAAUGGUGCUGCAUCACCCCCCUCAACCAUAGAAAGCACUCCAGGUGAUCUUUUAGAGAAAACCUUGUCCCACUAUUAUCCUGAGCAAGUGUCCAUUGCACCGCAAACAUCUGGGACACAGUUAAAUGCUGUCAAUGGUUCACUGGCAAACAAGAUUCCAAGUGAAGGUGCUCAACCUCAGUCUUUAACCUCAGGAUUGCACAGUUCAGCUCCGAUGCCUGAUUCAGAGCAACAGCAAACUGUCAGAUCUAAUAAUACUGGAAGUACCAACAACUUUAACUCUGUCAGCUAUAUUGUUAAUGGAUACUCUGGCAGUUACGGAGAAGGCCACCAGCAGCAACAUCAACAACAGCAACAACAACAGCAAUUACCACCUUUCUCUAACCAGGAGCUACCUGGUAUGGCCCCUCCAACAAAUUCUGCCAAUACUUCUCAACAGCAUCAAAAUGGAGCAGAGUGUUAUGCAAGAGACUCUCAAAGUUUAUUAACAAAAAAUAGCCAGGAGUUAAGCCAGCAUUCUUUUCCAGAUAAUAAUCCUCCUUUACAGAUUGCAGAGGAAGGUGGAUUUGGAUCUUUUCCCAACCCUGGGCUACAAAGAAUGGGACAAAAUGAUGAACCCAGGUCUGACCAACAUCAGCACCAUAAUCCCGACAGGGGCCUUCAAUAUGGGGUUCAGUCCCAGAACUUUCAACAAAAUGUUGGUAGCCAUGGGGCUGACAGUAUGGGUGCUAUAGGGCCAGGCCUCCAGCAGCCAAGCCAUGCCAGGUUAGAAAAUGGGAUGGAUAACACAUCUCAGCAAAGAGUCAGCAUGUCAUGUUCAACGCCACACCACAAAAGCUGGAGAGAGAUGAGCUCCUCACAUUCCCAGCAGCAACAGGCAAGUGGCCUGUCAUCCCAAACACAAGAGCAGGUCAUGUGGAGGGACUUCCGUCCUAAGCUUCAGUCAGAGCAGCAGACAACUAACCCCCAGGUUCACAGCCAGAUGUUGGACACAAACCCAGUGCAAGGACUCCAGACACAGGGUGUUUUCACAGACAACAGCCAGGGAUCUAACAGCUUCCAGCAGCCACAGCAGGACUGUCUCCCAGCACGAACACACUGUGUUUCAGCCCAGCACAAUUCCGCCACUGAGUGGCAGCAAUCAAACUCUAAAGCACCUCAAAUUCAGCCUCUGCUACAGGAAGUUUCAGAUCAGUGCAACCUCCCUCAAAACCAGCAGGCAGAUAGCACCUAUCGUGGCAACACACAGUCAGAGCACUUACCUGAAGGUGACCUACAGGAUAUACUGUCACCUGGGUUUUUACCAACACAGCAACAACAGCACUGUCAAGUUCAGCGUCCACCUUCCCACCCCCUGCAAUUUGAUGGGCAGCAGCUCAAGUCUCCCAAUUACAGACCUCAUAGUCAACCGCCACCGGGUCAGCAUCUUCAACCCAACCAGCCUCUUAGAACCAACUCUGCUCAGUCCAAUAUCCAACACAUCCUACAUGAUAACCAUGCACCAUUCAAUUACAAUACAGGUGAAAUGCAACAACUACAGCAACAUCAAAGACAGUAUCCUCAGAACUCAGGCAGCAGUAACCUCAAGCAAUUUCAACCACAGCGGCCUAACAACCACUGCCAACCACCUAACCAGGCUGACUUCCCCCAGUCUUCCUCACAUUCACAACCCCAAUUACCACAAGAUGUACUAAACCAACAGAUGUAUCCUAAAGCCGAACAGCAGCAGAGGACAUCAUGCACUCAGUUCCAAAGGGGACCUCAACUACCUCUGGGACCUGUGGGUCCCCAUGGAGACUUUUCAAGACAUGCAGCACUGCGAAUGCAUCUGUUACAAAGACAGGAGCGGCAGGGCCCUCCUCAACCUGCUCAGAGCACUAGUGAGCCCAGAAAUGUCAUGAGAGCUGUGAAAAUGGAAAAUGAUCCCAGAUAUGAAUUGCCUGGUUCCUGCCAGCAGCAGCAACAACAUUUACCAAUGCGAGAGACGAGCAUGAGUGGAAUGCAAGUCAAGCAGGAACCUCAGCAGUCCUUAUGUGAACAAAGCAAGAGGCAGAGCAGCAUCUUAGCCUCUAUGGAACAAAGCCUGAGGCAGUACCAGCUUUCACCUGUGUUUGAGAAGAAAUCCCUGGUCAUUAAUUCAUCAAAAGUCAAAGUGGAAUCAUCAGGACCUGUUACAAUCCUAUCAACUACUACAGACCAGGUUGGAGUGGAAUCAGCAGCAGCCUCAGCUUCUGUAGCUCUAAAAAAAACACCUGAUAUAACUCCAAAAAAGGAGCAUCUCUUACAGAACUUUGUUGACUCUCCCAUGAAGUUAUUGGACACUCCAAUAAAACAUCUGCUGGAUACCCCCUUGAAAACUCAGUAUGAUAUUGCAUCCUGUCACUGCGUUGAACAAAUCAGUGAAAAGGAUGAAGGUCCAUACUACACUCACCUUGGUGCAGCCCCAAGUGUCGCAGGAAUACGGGAAACAAUGGAGAAAAGAUGUGGUCUAAAAGGUCCAGCCAUCAGGAUUGAGAAAGUCAUAUACACCGGCAAAGAAGGAAAAAGUACACAGGGAUGCCCCAUAGCCAAAUGGGUGAUCCGCCGAUCCAGUGUGGAAGAAAAGAUAUUGGUGUUGGUCCGUGAACGUAAUGGUCAUACAUGUGAGACGGCCUGCAUAAUCGUGGUAAUCCUUGUCUGGGAGGGCAUACUUCCAAGCCUGGCUGACCGUCUUUACGUCGAACUGAGUGACACUUUGACAAAGCAUGGAGCCCACACCCAGAGACGCUGUGCUCUCAAUGAGGAGAGGACCUGUGCGUGCCAGGGCUUAAAUCCUGAGGCCUGUGGAGCCUCUUUCUCAUUUGGCUGCUCCUGGAGCAUGUACUACAAUGGCUGCAAAUUUGCACGCAGCAAAAUACCAAGAAAAUUCAAACUACUUGGGGAUGAUGUGAGAGAGGAAGAGAAACUAGAAGGAAACUUUCAAAAUUUGGCAACAUUACUGGGUCCUGUGUAUAAAACCUUGGCACCUGAAGCUUAUGGAAAUCAGGUUGAACAUGAACAUAGGGCAAUGGAUUGUCGUCUAGGGCUCAAAGAAGGCCGUCCCUUCUCUGGAGUCACUGCUUGUGUGGACUUCUGUGCUCAUGCUCACAGAGACCUCCACAAUAUGCAGGGAGGCAGCACCGUGGUGUGUACCUUAACCAGGGAAGACAACCGAGAGAUUGGAAAAAUUCCAGAGGACGAGCAGCUCCAUGUCCUGCCUCUUUACAAGACUUCCAGUACAGAUGAAUUUGGCAGUGAAGAGGGUCAGCAAGAGAAAAUCAAGUCAGGUGCCAUCCAAGUCCUUAGUGCCUUCCGCCGACAGGUGCGCAUGCUUGCAGAGCCUGCCAAGUCUUGCCGGCAAAAGAAGCUGGAUGCUAAGAAGGCUGCGGCUAAUAAGAAUGCCAUGCUGGAAAGUGCUCUUGAUAAAGCAGACAAGGCCAAGUCAAAAGGUGGCAUUUGUGAGAAUACUGCUCAGAUCACUCCAGUGGCAGGGCCUAUUCCAGGUGCUAUGGGAGCAGCCCUAGAGUCAGGUCAUCCCAGACACCUCCUUGGGGCCAUUCCCCAGCAUCAACAGCACCAGGGCAUUCUUCCUCCUUAUCCUGGCUCAACAAAUCCAGCCAGCUUCCCAAGAUUUCCAAACCACCCUGGAUCUUUCCCAAACACUUCCAAGCCUGGCAGCAUGUAUCCCCAUCAGCCACCGACACCAGCUAGCCCUUACCCUUCCCCACUCCAUGUACCAAAUUCUUACAUGAAUGGACCAAAUCGUCCAUAUCCUGGUUAUCAAUGUAAUGGAGGAAUGCCCCUUGAUAAUUACCACAGUUACUACGGUUCAAACCCAAAGCACCUGGACAUGUAUCGGCAACAGAGGCCUGCACUUUUAGAACAGCAGUAUGGAGUACAUCAACGCUAUGAGGUAAAUUAUCCACCACGGUAUGUUGAGCCAGGUUUACAGGUCAAUGGUUACAAUGCCUGCAACAUGAGGCCAGUUCAUCCCAUGAGACCUUUUGCUCCUUAUGGUCCCACUGGAACCCCAGAUCCACAGGUUAUGGGCCCCCUUGCAAGAAGACCGUCAGACCAUGGAGGUCUAGAUUAUUCAGCUGCUGUAAGCAAAGGCAAUCAAUUUGGAGGAUACCCAAAUCCAUACCUCUCUCAGAACCCUCAAAUCUUACCCCCAGGCCAAGACCCUUAUCAUAUGCAAGUUAAGACAGAAAUGGGCACUCCUAGCCCACAGGUGCUUUCUGCGCAAUUAAGUGGUGGGUGUCUAAACCCUGCAACACAGUCAGGAUUAAGUCUGCAAAACGGGAGCCAUAUGGGUUCUGGUAUUAAGCAAGAGCCUGGAACACCACAAACACCUACAACGCCCCAAAAGCCUGAAAUGUGGUCAGACAAUGAGCACAAUUUUUUGGACCCUGAUAUUGGUGGCGUGGCAGUGGCACCCAGCCAUGGCUCCGUACUUAUUGAGUGUGCAAAACGGGAGCUCCAUGCAACAACACCCCUCAAAAACCCGGACCGAAACCACCCAACACGCAUCUCCUUGGUCUUCUACCAGCACAAAAAUAUGAAUGAGGCCAAGCAUGGUUUGGCAUUGUGGGAGGCCAAAAUGGCAGAGAAGGCUCGAGAGAAAGAGGAAGAGGCGGAGAGGAAUGGUGGUGAUGUGACGCCUAACAAGGGCAACAAGAAGGGAGUCAAGCGUGAGCAUUCUGAGUCAGAGACAACCGGAGAGCCUCCUUAUAAGCGUUUUAUCCAGUCACUAAUGGAGGGGUCCUUGUCAUGCACAACAAACACCUAUGUCAGUACAUCUCCUUACGCCUUCACCAAGGUCACAGGACCCUACAGACAGUUUGUGUAAACAAGAUAACAAAGGAACUGGUGCUUAUUUUUAAACAACAACAACGAUCCUCAAGCACCACUGGCCUCAUCUACUGCACUCCUAUCUGUAAGGCUAACAUCUGUAGAACCUGUGAUCAAAUGACAUAAAAAUCACGUUUCACAUCAGGUCUUGGACCUCUUUAACAAUUAAGCUUUACGAGUUGAUCCUUCUAAGGAUGUAUUUUUUUUCUGGCAACAUUUGCAAGAUACAGUUUCUGGUGCUUUCAGUCAGAUACAUAAGGACCUAUUUUUACUGGAAACAAAGUUUUGUUUUUAGUGGCUUUAUUUUUCUUACAACUUUUUGGAGAUUUAAUCUUGACAUAAAACACUGAUUUUGUGUAUGACGAUGUUCACGGUGCUAAAUUGUGUGCUUACUACCAUAUAUUAUAAUUCAACUGCCUUCACACUAUAACCAUAAGACUCUUUAUGAGUGACAUUCAAUUAAGUAUGUGAAAAGGACACUGAAAAUACCAUCACUGUUAAAUCAUCAGCAUCCUAAUUGUUUUAGACAAGUCAGUGUUUCUUACAGCACUUUUUGAUAAUGAGUUUUUUAAUACCUUGGUAAUUAUGAAAUUUGGUUACAUUGUAUUGCAUCGUUGAGAGUUAUUCAUUUCUAAGCAUCCCCCAAAAUGAAAUAUAAGGUCAUAAAAGAUUUUACGAGCAAUCUAUGAAACACUUUCAACUUCAUGCAAAAAUUUUCCUACAUUUAUACUGUAUGUAUUGAGCCAUUCUAAUGGUGCAUUUUUUUUUUUUUUUUUACAUUUUAAGGUAAAAACCUCUGUGUUAUUUUAGUUUUUUUAGGUUUGCUUGAUUGUCAGCAAAUGUUUUUAAUGCUCUUUAGUGCAGGUUCAUCAAAAAAACCUGUAUUGUGAAUAUUACACAUAGUUUUAUGUCUGUGGUGCUUAGUAAAUGUGCUUUUUAUACACUGAGGAACAUGAAACAGGGUAAGCUCAGUGUCAGUUUCAGAGGGCAGCUGGCUUGCUGUUGGGGUGUUAAAAUAUUGUAAUCUAACUGUAAGAUAAACAGGUGAGAUUUGUACAGUAAAUUAAUUUCUCUUUUUGGAAUUACUGUUAUAGAUUUUGUGUUGUAAAGAAUGCUAACAGCCUUUUUCAUUGUAUUUCUUUGGGUUUCAAGUGAUUUUUUUUUUCAUAAGGUGCUACCUAACCUAAUAGAACAUACAAUGUGAGACUCUUUGGGCAGUGAGAAGGCUGUUAAUAAAUGUACAGUACCAACCUGUCACAUACCUCAAACUAGUUUGGCAAUAGGAUUAUAAAAUAUUUUCCUUUCUUUAUUUCUUUGACAAAUAUUAAUAAGAGUUUGGGCCACCAAAAGGCAUAAAAGUUCAUUACUUACUUUCUUUACUUUACCUGCAAGAAAGUAUUACUUGAACUUGAAUCUUGGAUGUAAAAUCAGGGACAUUUUCAACUAAUUUUGUGUACAUCUUCAUAGCCUGUAUUCAUCCUGUCUUGUCAUUCAGGGACUUGCCAUUGCCCCCAAAAUCCCAAUUUGAUUCUCGUCACUUAAAACAGACAAAAAAUAUUUUGUGAGGAAAAGUGUUAGUUUCCUGCAUUUUGUUUUUCCAAUGCUAGAAUUAAUGGUGGAGGAAAUCUUAUUAUAAUGAUUUGAAAAUUAUGCACUGAGCUGAUAAAAGGGAAAAGUAUAAUAUUGACUUAAGAGCAAUGAUGUUACUUUUGCAAUAAGGCAAGACUGGGGACAGUGGCUUAUAGUUGCACAUCUUUGUGCCUGUGAAUAGCUACAUUUAUUUAUAACCACUAAACAAUUGUAAAAUGAUUUUUCUUCCCUGUCUAUUUGACUUAAUUAAUGUGAUAUAUAAUGAAAAAAAAAAUUGUAGUAAGAACGUACCCCAAUCUUCAACAUAUUCAUUGUCUGAAAGCACUUCAUUUCUUUUUCAGGAAAAAUGUAAUAAUUACAAAAAGUUUUAUUUAAACAGAUUGUAAAUGUUUAAAAAAAAAAAAUUAAUUAUGUCACAAUGUACAUACCAAGAAUUUGUAUUGCAGGAAUACAACUCAUAUUUUGAUGUUGAUGUAGGUUCUUGUGUAGGUAAAGUCAAAAGAAAAAAACUGACCCACAGCUUUUCUAUCAGCAACUAUAGCAUAUCUUAAAAAGUCCUUCAGGUUAAUGAACAGAAUGCUCAUGGCUAGAGUAUCCAGGAAGUUUUUGUAAAUAUUAGGCUCACUGUCACAUCAAUGUUUACAGUUUUAGCAUCCUGUCAAACAUUAGAGGUUAUAGUUUAUCUUAAAUGUUUUGUUAUAUCUACAUUGAUAAAUGUCGAACUAUGUUGUACAGAACCCAGCUACAGUAGCAGGUUGUGGUUGAGAAAGCAGAGGUGUCUAAGAUAUAGCGGGUUAAAAGCAUAGCCAUACUUGAAGAUGCUUCAGAGUGUUUCUGAGUGAGUCAACAUUACUUGAAUGACUUUCUGGGCUUAACUCAUGCACUAUGUGCUCUGCUCAAAGGUUAAGCUAGCAGUUGAUCCACACUUCGUCUUUUUGCAGUUAGACACUAAAGGAUUUUAAAAAUGUGCAACUUUUUGCCUGUCAUUUUGUUUUUAAGGCUUCCCUAGCUCUCCUGAAGUUUGGUAUGCUAUAAAAAAAAAAAAAAUGGAAUUAAGGAUGGGUAUAAAUACUGUAAGUAUUGUAAUGUACUGAAUGCAGUUUAUUUGAAAGCUGUUUAUUAUAUCAUUCCUGAUAUUGCUGAAAUGUGGGUGUUUUUUUUUUUUUUUUAAUAAAAUGUAUAUUUAUUUUAAAG